AUGGAUCAAAAACAAUUUCGUGUAUUAAUUUUACAUUGCUUCUUGAUGGGAAAAAAUACCGUUCAAGCAAAGAAAUGGCUUGAGAAGUGUUAUGGGAACUCUGCUCCAUCAGAUAGAACAAUAAAACGUUGGUAUUCUGAAUUUAAACGUGGUCGUAGAGACACAGAUGAUGCAGAACGCAGUGAACGUCCAAAUGAGGCAGUAACCCCAGAAAAUAUUGAAAAAAUUCACAAAAUUGUUUUGAAUGAUCGUAAAAUGAAGUUGCGUGAGUUAGCUGACAUCGUAAAGAUAUCAAAAGAACGUGUUGGUUUUAUAUUGCAUGAGCAUUUGUCCAUGAGAAAGCUCUGUUCAAAGUGGGUGCCGCGUUUGCUCACUGUUGAUUAA